GAAACAAGUUGCUAAUAAAUUGGUUGGAAUGAAUUCCUUUGAAUCUUGAAUGGGAUUUGUCCCUGAGGAGAAACCAUCAUAUUAUAUUCCUUUGCUUCAUGUAUACCGGAAAUACAUGAUGUAUUUAUAUCCCUGAUGGCGUUUGGCCCGCAGUGCUGACUGAUAGACAGGAAGUUGUGCUGCGUGAUGUGCCCUUGAAACCCUGCUUUUGUGACGUUUAUCGUUACUUCGUUCAGCCUCCAGCCUCCAGGACAUAUUGGGUUAACGGCGCCAUGGGGUUUCUACUGUCUAAAUCCAUGGACGCAAACUUUAAAAAGCAGCAAGAAUUCAUGCUCCACAAUUCACGGCUGCAGAUGGAGCGUCAGAUGCUGAUGCAGAACCAGAUGAGAGAGAGACAGAUGGCUAUGCAGGUUGCCUGGUCCAGAGAAUUUGUCAAAUACUUUGGGACGUUCUACACGGUGACGACAGCUGGUCUCACCUUGGGUGCCCUUAAAAUAAAGAAACCGAUCCUAUUGGCUCCCAUCGUCCCUCUCAGCUUUAUAUUGGCCUACCAGAUGGACAGCGCCUAUGGGACACUUAUUUAUCGCAUGAGAGGGGAGGCUGAGAGUAUUAUGACUUCUGAACAUGACCGCCUGGACCUUCCUCAUGGGACUCCAAAUUUUGAUAGCAUAGAAAAAGCCCGUCGCGCUAGAAGCAGCCUCGCCUCCUUUUUAGAGAAAUGAGAAGUUGGUUAUUUGUGACAAUCAUUACCGUCCAGCCGAUGCAUUCACCCUUUCUGCUUUUGCGUCUGCCCAUUUGACAUUAUUGAGUCUAUGUUUUGCACUAAUUCUUUAUCAUGGACUUUGGGUCAAAUGAGUCUCAAUAUUAAUGAAUAUAAAAAUGAUCAUUUUUGUGGUGGUUGUUGUAAGAGGUGCACAAGUAGCCAAAAACAUAUACUUAGGCCAAACAGAAUACUUGUUAGUUAGUAUUCAAAUACAUCCUUAACAUGAAUAUUUGCAUCAAUUACAUUGAACCAUUUUAACAUAAUUCACUCGAGAUUAUUGGAUACUGAUACAAAAUUGAGCUGUGUCCCAAAUCCAGACUAUAUACAAAUUCUAUUCAGUAUAUACUAAAGACUAAUCUACUUGUUAAUAUACAAAAAUAUUAACUUGCAUAUUAUACUAAUACGGACAGUAUGUGUGAUAUUGGAUGUCAAUCAAACCGCAACUUCAGAAGCUUACUUCCAUUUAAACUUCACAAAGAGACAUCAAAUGUUGAGGAUAAAGGCCUUUAUACACAAAGUAAGGUAACCAAAUGACACACAAAUGCAAAAUACUCUCCUCCGAAUAUUUAGCAUCAAAGCUAUUAAUACUGGCAGCAAUGUAUAUUUGUGACAGUUGCAACACUUGGAGGUUUAUAUAGAUUUGCAUAGGCAGAGGACCAACUUUUUGUAUCCUAUUGACCCAGAGCAGCGUCUGAGAAGUCCAGCUCAGUUUGCCGUUGAACAAAAAGUUAAAUGAACGGCUUUUAUUGUGAAAGGUACGAUCGGGAUCUCUGCCUUUUUUUUUUUUUUUUUUUAAAUUAAGGUUGAAAGGAAUAAAGACGUUUUUCUGGCUUGGCUUGGACAACAGAGCCUCCGUGUUGGACACUAUAGUGUUUGCAUUGCAUACAGUAGGUCCGUUCCGCACAAUGUCAUUGGUUGAUGCCUUUAUUUGCUAUAUCGAAAGCAAAAUAAAAUCAUACUACUUUCUGGAAUUUGUACACUUUUGUACCGUGUAAUAUCUGUAACGUACUCCUAACAUAAACAGCCGUUCAAAAGAAUAUAUAUUGGCAUGUGAAUUUAUCGUCAGAAAAAUACAGUGUGUACAUUUCUUUUUUUAUUAAAGGAUUUGAUUUUUAA